CUUCACGUCCGGAAGUAAUGCCUUGCUUAUACCAGCUCACCUUUCCCCGUAUAUUUAUGUCUUUUGAUGUGUUUGCAUAAAUAUGUGUCGAAUAUGUGUGUGAGCUGCACAGGGAUACGAAGACAAAGAAGAAAAAGAGUGCAACAGGUAAUUUUGCUCCAAGUGUGUUUACGAUGAAUAUGGAUGAAUCUAAGAAAGAUUUGAACAGCCAUGUUGAUGUUGAGGAUACAAAGUCUGAGGAUGCAAGAAGUGAUCUCCACAAGUGUUUUGAGUGUGAAAGAAAAGACAAUGUACAAGCAGCCAUGAAAGAAAGCGAUAAACUGUGUGACUUCACUAGAAAAUGUAAGGAGCAGGAUGACACUAAACUGGACGUAAUACAAUCCUCUUUGCCAAACUGUGAAAUGGAUUCAAAGGGCAUCAUAGAUGCCACUGUUGGUGAUGAUGCAGCCAGUCAGUUAAAGACAAGCAAUGGAGAAAAGUCCUCUGAAUCAAAGUCACCAGAUGACAAGCUAACUUGCAUGACUACAGAAAUAAUUAAGACAAACCUCAGUUUAUCGCUAAAUGCCAGCAACACACCUUGUACAGAUGAGGAAAUGAUGAGCCCAGAGAGCCCACAAUGCAUAGCUUCUCUGCCCAGCAACUCAGGGGAAAAUGCCUCUGCUUGUUUUGACUCGCAAGGGUCUUGUUUAAGAGAUGGCCCAAUGGUGGAGUCCAAACCCCCAAUCCCUAAUCCAGAAGCUGUAGACCACAUUAAAGACAAAUCUGAAGUGACAGACAUGGAAACGGAUGAUACAGAUGGGCAAAAUUCUAGUGCUGGUGCUUUUGUUCCCGUAAAUCCUAUUAAGGAUGAGCCUAACUGUAACCAGACACAGGCACCAGCUUCAGCAAGUGGGCAAGUGUUAGCUGAGCAGAAAGAGAGGAAAUGGCUUGGAACACCAAUAGAGGAGUUUAGAAGAAUGCCUCAGUGUGGAGAGCCCCUGCCACACCUCAGGGUGACAGACAGUCACAUAGUACUCAUCAGGACAGACCUGCUAAAAGAAGGUGAAGUCCCCGUUCCCUACCCAAUCAAAUUCAGAGAUUCCUGGGAUGAUAUGUAUGUUAAGAUGCCUUGUUCAGAAAAGAACCUGUUUCCUGUGGAGAAUGAGGAUGGAAGUGGAGUGCGAUGGGAGUUGAUUCGUUCUGCUUUGCAAGUUGGAAUCAAAAGUUCACUUGAUAUUAGGGAUGCAAUAUUAAGUUACAACAUUGCACAUGCUAAAAGAUGGGACUUCACAGCUCUGAACGUUCUCUGCACUGAGGGUCUGGAGAAUUGUGACGUGCAGUAUCUCUUUGAUGUUACAUUGCCAGCAAUGGUGAAACUGACUUUGAAUGCACCCAAGAUUUGCACCCAGCCAAUCCCGCUGCUUAAGCAGAGGAUGAAUCAGUCCUUGACCAUGUCACAGGAACAAAUUGCCUGCCUUCUAGCCAAUGCCUUCUUCUGUACAUUUCCCAGACGCAACUCACGCAAGUCUGAGUACUCCAACUACCCUGAGAUAAAUUUUUACAGACUGUUUGAAGGUUCAUUCCCACGUAAAAUUGAGAAGCUCAAAACUCUGCUGUGCUAUUUCAGGAGGGUCACUGAAUCAAUGCCCACAGGCCUUGUGACAUUCACAAGACAGAGUUUGAGCAGUUUUCCAAAAUGGGAAAGCUCCAACACCCAACUCACCCGUCUUCAUAUCACCUGUGAGGGCACCAUAGAGGAUCAGGGCCAUGGAAUGCUUCAGGUGGACUUUGCAAAUAAGCUGGUGGGUGGAGGGGUAACAGGUCUGGGGUUGGUCCAGGAGGAAAUCCGCUUCCUCAUUAACCCUGAGCUCAUCGUAUCACGCCUCUUCACCGAAGCUCUGGACCACAACGAGUGCCUCAUCAUCACAGGCACAGAACAAUACAGUAAGUACUCUGGCUAUGCAGAGAGCUACAGAUGGAAAGAAAGUCACAAAGAUGAGAUGCCGAGGGAUGAUUGGCAGCGGAGGUGCACCGAGAUUGUCGCCUUGGACGCUCUGAAGUACAGACAUUUCAUGGAACAAUUUCAACCUGAGAAAAUGACCCGAGAGCUCAACAAGGCCUACUGUGGGUUCAUGCGCCCUGCUGUGAACCCUCAGAAUCUGUCUGCUGUUGCCACAGGGAACUGGGGAUGUGGUGCGUUUGGAGGUGAUACUCGACUCAAAGCUCUGCUCCAGUUGAUGGCAGCCGCUGAGGCAGGGAGAGAUGUGGCCUAUUUCACAUUUGGAGAUGAAGGACUCAUGAGGGAUGUGCAUGACCUGCACACCUUUCUCAAAGACAGACAAGUGACUGUGGGCACUCUAUAUUGCCUCUUAAAACAGUACUCUAGUGUGGUGAGUAAGAAUGCCCAGAGGCCUGAUGUCAGUCUCUAUGGGUUCAUCUAUGAGCAGGUCAGUACAGAUCCGGACCCGGAGCCCAACCCUGGCCCGAGCGACAGCCACAUGCCCACUGAGCCUUGCCCCAGUCCUGCAGACUGCCAUUAAUGCUGGCCAAUGACUUACUGACAUAACACUGUCUAAAAUGCCUCAGUGGUUUCUUCUCCUUUAGAAAGACAUUUUAGGUGAUUUUCUAAUAUGUGAUAUAAGAUAGCAUGUUAUGCCUUUUUUUCUACCAGUGAGUAUAUUUCUGGUGAACUUCAUUUAGGUUUGAUCAAAUGGGGCCUUGAAUGCCAGAGAAAGUCUCCUAUGGUCAAAUUUACUGCAUGAUUUUGUGAAAUUAAAUGAUCAAUUUAGAGCUGGGUGACCCAAUAUGUAGUCUUGUUUUUUCUGCUCUUAUCCAGGCAUUAACACGGAUUCAGAAUAAAGUCUGUAGAGAUGUCUAAAAAAAUAUGCAUGGAAAACCUCUAAAUAGACAAUAAGAUCCCCUGUAACACUUAAUUUUGAAAUGUAUUGCACAAGACUUUCUGAUUUUUCUGCCAUAGUUGGAACAGGAAAGUAUUGCUGAAGUUUUCAAAUGUGUCUAUUUGAUGAUAAAAGACAUAUAAAGGAAAUGUUAUGUAUUGAAACUUGUAUAAUCACGCUAAUGGAACUGCUGCAAUAUCAGAUUGUGGAAAAACAUGUAGUAAAUAUCCUCUGCAUGACAUUUUUAGCAAUUUAUUAUGCUCAAGGUUUUUACUGUUUUGAUUAAAGGCACCUUUAAGAAAUGGGGUUGAUAUUUAAAGUUAGUGAAUAUUUUGAUAUGUUGUGUGUUUUAUUAUGAUUUGAUAAUUAAAAUGGUUGAUUCUGCCACUUCUCAGCUUUACCUUUUAACUUGUGUGUGUACAUUUUCUUACAUUUUUUACAUUUUACUUGACAAAGAAGCAAACUCCGCUUUUAACAGCUGACUGUUCUUCAGGAAAAUUGAUCACUUUCUCUGUGGAUACAACAUUGUUUAAUGGCAGUCAUCAUGUUUAAGAUUUCUUAUUAUGUAAUGUAACAAGCCAGCUCCUGCCUAUAAGAAGUUUAUCAAACCUUCAUAUAUCUCACAGGCCAUAUUUUAUUUCCAAUACAUACUAGAAGUGAUAGAGCCCGCCUUAAUCUGUUCUAUUGUUAAACAUUGUAACCGCCUUGCAGUACAAUCAGUGAUACACAAGUAUACAUAGAUAAGUGCAGAGCUAAUAUGUUGCUUUUGCUUUAUUAAAUAUUUCAUUGCGUUUGCAAUUGAGCAUAAAUAAUCUCAUGCAUCCAAGUUAUCAUAAUGAAAAAUUGCCAUUACAAUCUGUCAUGGUAUUUGAUUUUGUGAGGUUCAAGAUGUAUCAAGCAGUAUGUAUAUUCAUACAGAAUGUGCCUGUGACUUUUCGACAUGACUUAAUAAGUUCAUGCUAAUACGGGUUGUGUAAUCAACAAAAGCAAACAUUGUUCUUAUUGUAGUACUGUUUUGACCAUUGGUUGAUUGUCCUCUUU